UCCCGCGAGAGUCUCCGAGCAUCUGUUACCCUGGAAACCGAGCUAAACAACUGCUCUGAGUUUAAAUUGCGGCCAAGCUUUGUUAUUUUAAAACCUAGCUACACCGCGUGCUUUCCUUUUACUUUUUAAGUUAAUUUCAAGCAUUUAAUACGUGAUGGGAAGCGAUUAUUACGAGACGCUGGAAAUAAACCAAAAUGCAACAGACGCAGAUAUCAAAAAGGCAUAUCGACGUCUUGCACUGAAGUUUCAUCCGAGGAGAAACAGAGAAACCGGAAGCAGUAAGAAAUUCAGUCAGCUGGGUGAAGCCUACGAUGUGUUGAGCGAGCCUCGAAAAAAGGCAACCUAUGACAAGUUUGGCGAGGAGGGUCUUAAAGCUGGCAUCCCCCCUGAGUUCGGCAGCAGCGGGGCUUGGUCAUCUAAAUAUGUCUACCAUGGGAACCCAGACAAAACGUUCAAAGAGUUCUUUGGAGGCGACAACCCAUUUGCAGACUUUUAUACAAACGAUGCCCCACUUAAAUUCGGUGGCCUGCAAUCAGUGAUGGUGAAGACCCAAGAUUCUCACAUAGAGAGAGACCUGCAUUUGUCCCUGGACGAUCUCUUCCACGGAUGCACAAAAAAGAUCAAGAUAUCACGACGGGUGAUGAAUGACGAUGGAUUCACGUCUAGUAUCAAAGACAAGAUCCUGACUAUAGAUGUGAAGCCUGGAUGGACAGAAGGCACAAGAAUUAUUUUCCCCAAAGAGGGCGAUCAGGGACCAAACAACAUCCCGGCAGAUAUAGUGUUCGUGGUGCGACAGAAGAGUCACCGCCUGUUUGAAAAACAACACAAUGACCUGAUCUACAAGGCCCAGAUCACUCUGGAGAUGGCCUUGACUGGGUUCUCUGUGGACGUGGAGACUCUAGAUGGCAGGCUAAUCAGUAUUCCCAUCAAUGACAUUGUGCACCCUGCGUACAAAAAAGUGGUGACCGGAGAGGGAAUGCCGCUGUCCCAGGAUCCUUCCCAGAGAGGAAACCUCAUCGUAACUUUUGACAUCCAGUUUCCUGAGAAGCUCUCUACCGAGAGGAAACAUCUUAUCAAGCAAGCUCUAGCUUAAAUAUUGAUCACAUUCUAGUACAUGUGUUGCUAUCCUUUCACUAAUGUGGUCAUGAGAGAGAGAGAGAGAGGUAUCAACUCAAAUUGUUUAACGUUGACACUUGAAAUAUAAAAUAUACACCAGGAUGCAACAAAAAGUGAAGAAUUCUUUAAACAACACCACUGUGCUAACAUCAGCGUUCUGACCGACAACAACGACUACAGCAUAGUUGUGCAGUU